GCCUUGUUUGAUUAUCUAAUCUAUGGAUAAUAUGAACUUAUCGAUACAUACGAACCUCAUCUCACCUUCUCUUAUGAUCACCUUCCUUUUCUUCUCAACUUGCACUUUCUUUAAGCCUUCUUCAUCUUCAUCUAUGCAACUAUGGCGAUCACCAAGGUCUAUAUAAUUUAUUACUCCCUGCAUAAACAUGUUGAGUACAUGGCUAGAGAAAUACAAAGAGGAGCAAAUUCCAUCGAGGGAAUCGAAGCAACACUUUGGCAGGUACCUGAAACACUUCCAAGUUUGGUAUUAGAAAAGAUGAAGGCUCCUCCUAAAGCAGAUGAUGUGCCAGUGAUUAAACCAGAACAACUUACAGAAGCUGAUGGAUUCCUAUUUGGGUUUCCUUCUCGUUUUGGUGUAAUGGCAGCUCAAUGUAAAGCUUUCUUUGAUUCCACUAACGAUCUCUUUGAAACCCAAGCACUCGCCGGAAAACCCGCCGGAAUCUUUUGGAGCACCGGUUUCCAUGGCGGCGGCCAAGAACUCACAGCGUUAACGGCGAUAACACAAUUAGCGCAUCAUGGGAUGUUAUAUGUGCCACUUGGAUACACAUUUGGGAGUGGAAUGUUUGAAAUUGAUGAAGUUAAGGGUGGAUCGUCUUAUGGUGCGGGAACUUAUGCGGGUGAUGGGUCGAGAAAGCCGAGUGAGUUAGAGCUCCAACAAGCUUUUUAUCAAGGUAAAUAUGUAUCAGAAAUCACUAAAAAGCUUUCAAGAAACUAAAAGUUAAUCCAAGUGAAUAAAUCUUGGUUGUAAAGAUUGUGUUGUUCAUGAAUAAGGUUAAUAAUUUAUGUGUA